AUGUGGGCGUCAGGAUUCACCAACGCUCCUAUAUCACAAGCUCUCGUGGCGGCCGUCGUGCUCCUACCAUUCCUCGCUACUCUCGCCGACGCCAAAUACUACCUCUGGCUAGAAGUCCGACCACAUCUGCUCGACUACCACCAGUUCUGGAGAUUGUUCACGUGGCCACUAUGCUACACCAACAGCACCGAAGUGUUGUUCGCUGCGAUGACCUUCUACCAGCUCAGAGUGAUUGAGAGGCUUUGGGGUAGCAGGAAAUUUGCCUCUUUCAUCUUGUCCACUCUACCAUACACUACACUUCUUCCGCCGAUACUACUCACCUUGAUCAUCCGUCCUCUUAGCUUCGGCAGGAUCAACUACUUGCCAGCAGGACCAACAGCCAUAGUCUUCGCCCUUCUAGCUCAAUAUCAUGCAGCCAUACCCUACAUCUAUAAGUACCGACUGUCCGGCACCUUACCCGCACCAGGCUCUCCACAAGCUGGCCGCGAGUAUGGAAUGAAUCUUACAUCAAAGUCAACAUCAUACCUGCUACCACUUCAACUGGCUCUUAGUCAACUUCCAGGUUCUGCUCUUGUGGCAGCGAUAGGAUGGCUAGUCGGCUUCGCCUACCGACGCGAAAUACUGCCUGGUGCGGCAAGAUGGCGAGUACCAGGAUGGGUAAUUGGUGCAGCAGCACAAAAAGAGCGAUAUGAUUCACUGAGGCGAAGGAUGGAAGGUGAAGCCGGUAGAGCCACCGGUGUGGACGUUGGCCGGGAGCAUGUGAGGCGCAGAGGGCUUGUGGGCGGGCUGCUGGAUCAGUUCCGUGGUGCUUCGUAG